AUGAGGAUUUCUUCCCGCGAUUGGAUUCUGUUGAUGUUCUCUGGCUUUUGGGGACUGACGAUGGGAGCUUUCCCGAGCAGCGUUCAGAUCGGCGGCCUGUUCAUCAGAAACACUGAUCAGGAGUACACUGCCUUCCGUCUGGCGAUCUUCCUGCACAACACCAGCCCGAACGCCUCAGAAGCCCCGUUCAACCUGGUGCCUCACGUGGACAAUAUCGAGACGGCCAACAGCUUCGCCGUCACCAACGCCUUUUGCUCCCAGUACUCUCGCGGUGUCUUCGCCAUCUUCGGCCUGUACGACAAGCGCUCGGUCCACACGUUGACGUCCUUCUGCAGCGCCCUGCACAUCUCCCUCAUCACACCCAGCUUCCCCACCGAGGGCGAGAGCCAGUUCACCCUGCAGCUCCGGCCCUCCAUCCGGGGGGCGCUGCUGUCCCUGCUCGACCACUACGACUGGAACAAGUUUGUCUUUCUGUACGACACGGACCGAGGAUACGCCAUCCUGCAGGCCAUCAUGGAGAAGGCAGGACAGAACAACUGGCAGGUCAGUGCCAUCUGCGUGGAAAACUUCAACGACGCCAGCUACCGGCGACUGCUGGAGGACCUGGAUCGGCGACAGGAGAAGAAGUUUGUCAUCGACCUCGAGGCAGAGAGGCUGCAGAACAUGCUGGAGCAGAUUGUCAGCGUCGGGAAACAUGUCAAAGGCUACCAUUACAUCAUGGCCAACCUGGGUUUUAAGGACAUCAACCUGGAGCGCUUCAUGCACGGCGGCGCCAACGUGACGGGCUUCCAGCUGGUCGACUUCAGCAACCCCAUGGUCAUCAAACUGAUGCAGCGCUGGAACAAGCUGGAUCAGAGGGAGUACCCCGGCUCGGACGCCCCACCCAAGUAUACCUCGGCGCUGACUUACGACGGGGUGAUGGUAAUGGCCGAGGCCUUCAGGAACCUGCGCAGGCAGAAGGUGGACAUUUCCAGACGGGGGAACGCUGGCGACUGCCUUGCCAACCCCGCCGCCCCGUGGAACCAGGGCAUCGACAUGGAGAGAACCCUCAAACAGGUCCGGCUGCAGGGAUUAACAGGUAAUGUCCAGUUUGACCACUAUGGCCGCAGGGUCAACUACACUAUGGACGUGUUUGAACUGAAGAAUAAUGGACCCAGACGGAUCGGCUACUGGAACGACGCAGACAAACUGGUGCUGAUCCAGGACUCUCCACUGCUUCCAAAUGACACUUCUGGCAUGGAGAACCGCACUGUUGUAGUUACUACCAUCAUGGAGGGUCCCUACGUGAUGCUCAAGAAGAACUGGGAGAUGUACGAGGGCAACGACCAGUACGAGGGUUACUGCGUGGACCUGGCCUCGGAGAUCGCCAAACACAUCGGCAUCAAGUACAAGAUCUCCAUCGUCCCCGACGGAAAGUAUGGCGCCCGGGACCCGGAGACGAAGAUCUGGAAUGGGAUGGUCGGGGAGCUGGUGUACGGGAAAGCGGAAAUCGCUGUGGCCCCUUUGACUAUCACGUUGGUCCGGGAGGAGGUGAUUGAUUUCUCCAAGCCCUUCAUGUCGUUGGGCAUUUCCAUCAUGAUCAAGAAGCCCCAAAAAUCUAAGCCGGGCGUGUUCUCCUUCCUGGACCCGUUGGCCUACGAGAUCUGGAUGUGCAUCGUGUUUGCCUAUAUCGGCGUGAGCGUGGUGCUCUUCCUGGUCAGCCGCUUCAGCCCGUACGAAUGGCACACCGAGGAGCCCGAAGAGGGCACCGACGGUCCGCCAAGCGACCAGCCCCCCAAUGAGUUUGGCAUCUUCAACUCCCUCUGGUUCUCCCUGGGCGCCUUCAUGCAGCAGGGCUGUGACAUCUCCCCCAGAUCUUUAUCGGGGCGAAUCGUCGGAGGAGUGUGGUGGUUCUUCACCCUCAUCAUCAUCUCGUCCUACACGGCCAACCUGGCUGCCUUCCUCACAGUGGAGAGGAUGGUUUCCCCCAUAGAGAGCGCCGAGGACCUGGCCAAGCAGACCGACAUCGCCUACGGCACCUUGGACUCCGGCUCCACCAAAGAGUUCUUCAGGCGGUCCAAGAUCGCCGUCUACGAGAAGAUGUGGGGCUACAUGAAGUCUGCCGAGCCCACCGUCUUCACCAAGACCACCGCCGAGGGGGUGGCGAGAGUCCGCAAGUCCAAAGGGAAAUACGCCUUCCUGCUGGAGUCCACAAUGAAUGAGUACACUGAGCAGCGAAAGCCCUGCGACACAAUGAAAGUCGGAGGCAACUUGGACUCCAAAGGCUAUGGAGUAGCCACACCCAAGGGUUCACAGUUAAGAAGUGCAGUUAACCUGGCAGUGUUAAAACUCAAUGAGCAAGGCCUGUUGGACAAAUUGAAAAACAAGUGGUGGUACGACAAAGGAGAGUGUGGCAGCGGAGGCGGUGGCGAGAAGGACAAGUCGUCCCAGGCCCUCAGCCUGAGCAACGUGGCGGGGGUCUUCUACAUCCUGGUCGGGGGCCUGGGCCUGGCCAUGCUGGUGGCCCUCAUCGAAUUCUGCUACAAGUCACGCAACGAGGCCAAGAGAAUGAAGCUAACAUUUACAGAAGCCAUGAGGAACAAGGCCCGUCUGUCCAUCACAGGCAGCGUUGGGGAGAAUGGACGGGUGCUGACGCCCGACUGUCCCAAGGCCGUCCACACCGGGCCUCCCAUCCGCCAGAGCUCCGGCCUCGCCCUGGUCUCCUCUGAGCUGCCGUGA